AUGUUUAAAGUCUUGCUGUUACUAUGCGCUAUCGCGGCUGGACCAGUGAUUUGUAAAAAGGACGAAAACGCAGCUGAAUGUCCUUCAAAGGGAUGUACCAUUUCGGAAAAUUGUAGAUGUUCGGAUGCACCAUCUUUUAUUGGUAAAGCCAACCUGGACGACUAUCCCCAACUGAUCAGUAUCGUCACCGAUGAUGCUAUGAAACGAGAGAUCCACAAUGAUAUUUGGCUGCCACUUAUCAGCAAUUAUCAAAAUCCAGAUGGGAACCCAAUUAUUUGUACGUUCUUCGUACCACACGAAUAUACCGAUUAUUCAUUAAUUAAUACUUUGUACAAUUAUGGCCAGGAGAUUGCUGUUCACUCUAUAACUAAAAACAAUCUUCAGUCAUAUUGGAGAAACGCUAAUGAAUCAACUUUAACCCAAGAAUUCUUGGGAAUGAAAAAGAUUCUAGCGAAGUUUGCAAACAUACCAGAAGAUCAAAUCAUAGGUGCCAGAACUCCUCAAUUUCAACUGGCAGGUAACCACACGAUAGCAGCUUACCGAACAGCUAACCUGUCGUAUGACAGUUCCUGGCCAACACUGCCAAGUCUACCAAUGUUUCCUUACACCUUGGACUAUGCCACCACUCAACAAUGUACUUUGGGUAGUGAAUGUCCCAAUGAAUCUUUCCCAGGCUUCUGGGUUCUCCCCAUCAACGACUUAAGAGACAAAGAUGGCAACGAAUGCAAUGUUUUGCUUGAUUGCAACAUUACUGGUUCAGCAGAGCACAUUGGACAAUGGCUGAUCUCAGAAGUCGAUAACGUAAGAACCACCACUAAAGUACCACUAACUCUAACUGUCAACGCCGGUUGGUUCGAAUACACAGAAAAUGCUUUUGAGGGCCUUCAAUAUUUCAUGGAUGAGAUGACCACGAACAGAACGGAUGUUUUCUUCGUUAGUCAGCGUCAAGUCAUGGAUUGGACGAAAGAACAAACGACGUUAGAUCUCUUUGAGACAUUUAUCCUGGACGACUUUAGGACCUGCACGUCGACCACUUGUAGAUUGAAGAAGGGAACAGAAGACAGACUAAUGCAAUCAUGUACGCCUUGUCCGAGGAUCUAUCCUUGGCUAGAUAAUCCGGAGGGAAAUUAAAAAUAUUCAUUCACAAUAAAGCGAUUCCAGUACAA